AUGGCACUCCAAGAAGCUAGCGAAGCGUACCUGAUCGGACUAUUCGAGGAUACGAACUUGUGCGCGAUCCACGCUAUGCGAGUAACGAUCAUGCCGAAAGAUAUACAGCUGGCAAGACGUGAAAAGCCGUUUAAGUGUCCGCAUUGCCCCUUGGCGGCCCGUGAAAGGUCUACCCUAAGAUAG